GCGGAAGCGCCGCCGGCCGAGGUGCCCGCUCAGCUCCGCUCCGCGCCCGGCAUGCCUGGCUGCAAGGGCUCCUCGGGGUGGGCGCUUUGGCUGGCCCCUCUGGCGGCGCUGCUCUCACUGCGAGGUCUAGUGAGCCCCCUGGAAGUGUUCAUGAAUACACGGAGUGUGGAAGUGGCUCGGGGCCAGACAGCAGUCCUGCCCUGCACCUUCACCACCAGUGCUGCGCUCACUAACCUUAAUGUCAUCUGGAUGGUCACUCCACUCUCCAAUGCCAACCAACCCGAACAGGUUAUUAUUUACCAAGGGGGUCAGAUUUUCGAUGGUGCACCCCAGUUCUAUGGGCGAGUGGGGUUUGCAAUGACAAUGCCAACCACCAGUGCCUCCAUCUUCAUCAACAACACCCAGCUCUCGGACACUGGGACUUACCAGUGUUUGGUCAACAACCUACCAGACCGAGGUGGCCGGAAUAUUGGAGUCAUUGGGCUCAAUGUCUUGGUUCCUCCUUCUGCCCCAGUCUGCAGAAUUCAGGGCUCCUUGAACAUUGGCAGUGACAUCACACUGACCUGCAGUUCUGAAGAGGGCAUCCCUCGGCCAACGUACUACUGGGAAAGACUGGACAACACUCCCAAGCUGCCUCCAACGGCAACACAAGACCAAGUUCAGGGUACAGUUGUUCUGCGCAAUAUCAGCACCAUGUCAUCAGGACGUUACCAGUGUGUGGCUUCUAAUGUCAUUGGAAGCAGCACCUGUUUUCUGGAAGUUCAAGUGAUUACACCACAUCCAAGGAGCAUUGGCCUGAUCGCUGGAGCUGCUGCAGCAGGAGCAGUGGUACUUGUCAUCUGCAUUGUUCUGGUGGCUGUGACACUCUUUUACUGGAAAAACAAACACAAGGAGGAAGAAGAGGAGGAAAUUCCCAAUGAGAUAAGGGAGGAUGAUCUGCCACCCAAAUGCUCUUCAUCCACAAAAGCAUUUCAUGGCGAUGCUUCCUCAUCAGAGAAUGACACUCUCACCUCAUCCAACACCUACAACAGCCGGUACUGGAAUGACCCCAAAGCCAACCAUGCCACAGACUCCUUCACUCGCCUCAACAAUGAUGCACGCCAGACCUUCUCCCGCUCUGGGAGCACCAACGCCCGCCCCAUCUAUGCCAAUGGAGGCCACCCGACCCCACCUCCACCCAAGACAUUGGUGGUGACAACCAACACCGCCCCCUCUCCUCAGGAGAUGUCCAGGAGCAAUGGCUCAGUGAGCCGGAAGCCAAGACCCCAGCACACACGCUCCUAUGCCGUGAGUCAGGCAACGCUGGAGAGAAUAGGGGCUGUGCCUGUCAUGGUGCCCGCUCAGAGCCGAGCAGGCUCUUUGGUGUAGGCAUGGCUCUAAGGAACAUGAGAACCUGUUGCACUGAGUGGGGGGGGUGAAGACCUAAUCCAAACGAGACUCUCCUCUUCCUGCCUGAAAUGCAUUGAAGGAGAAGAUCAAACCACUCCUCGUGCUCUCUUGCACCCUCUAUCAAGUAUAUCCUCUGGUCCUUUCCUUGCUACCCUACCCUUAUGAUCUCAGGGGGCUCCUCAGCUAUAGCUGGAUGUGCCAAGGCCAGGGGAAAAGGGGGCAACUCAACACAUCGCAGGGGAAUGAUGCCAUGCUUGCUUGCCAAGCUCUGCCUAAUGGGAAGUCAGGAAGGUGGCCACAAGGACGGUGGGUGAGGUGAGACAGGGUUUGCAGAGUCUUCUGGUCAAAGGAUGGGCCUUCAGAGGAGAGGACUCAACAGCUUUACCUUGGCAUGUCUACUACUGGGCUCCAAACAGAAACUGAAAAGGGAGCAAGCAGUGAGCUUCUGGCCAAGAAGGACAAGGCAGAGAGAUAAUCACAAAUCAGGCAAAGCAAGAAAAGGAUUGGGGUUAGGGAGAAAUGGCUGGAGAAUUAUGUUUGUGUCUUUAUUUCUUCUUUUGGUCUCCCUCCCCUCUCUUUGCUUCCCCAACUGGAUGUUCUCCCUGCACUAGUUUUUUGGAUGCUUUCUUGCACCUUCGUCACCACCAUGGAAACCGCUGUCACCCCAGCUUUGCCCCCCUGCCUUUGAUGAGCUGCUUGGCACCAGAACAUGCUGCUGCUGCUGUUGCUGAGAGGAGGAGUUUGAGGAAUGAUGCAGGAUGGAUAGCUGAAGCCUCCCUUGCUUAAAUGGGCUGCUGUGUUUCCCCAGACAUGUGGCUUCCCUUUCCCCGGAGCUGGGCUUUGACGCUUAGGCCUUUUGCAUGGCAGGGUCUCCCUACAGGGCUGAUGGGGCUGGCCAGGCAUCUGAGGAAUGUUCACACGGAGGUGUCACAUUGAACCUUCCCUCUUUUGGGCUUCUUUUUAGUACUGGGAGGAGGGGGAAAGAGUGAGUAAGGAGCAGCCCAGGGAUGGCUUCUGGCUGCAUUGGCCCC